AUGGAACUUCUAGAAGUAGGUAUUCGUUUUUUCCAGGGAAGCCGAAAUGAUUCUUUUGAUGAUUUCCUUAUAAAGGAUCGCGAAGAUAUCAAAUCCAUGCAUCGAAGUCUUCUGAUUACACCAGGAAACGAUGCUGUGCGUACCAAAGAACUUCAUGACAAUGUUGGUCGAUUCAUACAAAGGGCGAAAGUACUACGCGACAAAUUCGCAAAGUUGAAUGAAAGUGUUAUGAGAAUACCAGAUUCUGGAUAUGGUUCUGCUAGAGCUCGUCGUGAACAAAUUCGAGUUCUGAAUAUGACUUUCGAAGCUAUUGUGACGCAUUUCAACGAAGAUCAAGUUGAAUAUAAGGAAAAGGCAGCGUGCAAAAUAUCAGAGUAUUUGAAAUUGCAGAAUAUUGAAGUGAGCGAUGAUCAAAUAGAUGAUGCUAUAGAAUCUGGAAAUCUAGGGCUACUUACAAAAAACAUUCAUCUGGGAAUUGCGCAAAAAAAAGCCCUUUUUGAAGAUGUUAAGCAAAGAGCAUGUGAAAUAUUGGAACUUGAAAAGCAAAUACGGGAAAUCGAUGAACUUGUUUGUGAUCUGCAUUUAUUAGUAUCGAAUCAAGGAGAGACCAUUGACCGCAUCGAGACAAGCGUGAACAAUGCCAGUGAAUAUACGAAGAAAGCGCGAGUUGACGUACGAACAGCAGUGGUCUCGCGAAGACGAAAUCGGAAAUUCAAGUGUCUUGUCCUGAUCUUAGCUAUUUGUCUGAUUACUUUUGCUGGACUUCUUAUCAAAGAAUUGACAUGCAUUUAUACCCCGCUUUGCUAA